CCAGACGUCUAGACUCAGAGUCAGAGGAAUCGGAUUCGUAGGCUUUGAAAAAUUGAAUGAUUCGCUGCGCUUUCACUAGUUUCAGAAGUAACUACUUUUCUGUGGACGGUGUGCUAUUCCAUACGACGUUACGCCAGCAUUUACUUACUCACAGUGAACUGCAUACGAUGUGGGUGAGCAUGAGCUUGCUCUGCUGAUGAUGAACAAGAAAAAACGAGUUUCUGAUAGAGAAGCAAUCUAAGGAUGAGCUGAGCCACAGCAUUCCGAUUACUAGUAGUAUUACUAUUAGAUGAUUUUGUCAAAUGACCAACCGCUAGGCUGCGAUAAUGAGUGAAAGUGUAAAGGUAGCUGUUCGUGUGCGUCCGUUCAAUCAGCGUGAGAAGCAGCGCAAUGCCAAGUUGAUUAUUGACAUGAACGGUGCGACAACCUACAUUCAGAAUCCGGACAAUCCCAGUCAACCCGCACAUAAGUUCACGUUUGAUUUCUCGUACUGGAGCCAUGAUGGGUAUUCCGAGACAGAAGAUGGUGUUCUAGAACCAGACACUGACAAGUAUGCAUCACAGAGGCGCGUGUUUGAUGAUCUUGGGCAGGGUGUCUUGGACAAUGCCUUCAAAGGAUUCAACUGCUCCCUGUUUGCCUAUGGCCAGACCGGCUCAGGAAAGUCCUACUCAAUGGUGGGCUAUGGUGCUAACAGGGGAAUAGUGCCAAUUACCUGCGAUGAAUUGUUCAAGAAGAUCAUGUCUUCGGAGGAGACUGGAGUGAGAUAUGAGAUAACCUUCAGUAUGUUGGAGAUCUACAAUGAGCAAGUUCGUGAUUUGCUGAGCAAGAAAAAUCCCAAAGGAGGUUUGAAGAUCCGGCAAAACCCAUCGCAAGGAAUGUUUUACGUUCCUGAUCUGAGAAAGGUACCAGUGGCAAGCUAUGAAGAAAUUGAGAAGCGAAUGUCUGAAGGUACCAACAACCGCACCGUUGCCAGUACUAAUAUGAAUGCUACCAGCAGCAGAGCGCAUACAGUUGUCACUGUGGUUUUCAGUCAGGUGUAUGGUGAAGCGGGCGAUGCCAGUGCUCGGAAGAAGACUAGUGUUAUCAACCUUGUGGACUUGGCCGGCAGUGAAAGAGCUGAUAGUACUGGUGCCACGGGUGAUCGUCUCAAGGAAGGUGCCAAUAUCAAUCAAAGUUUGUCAACGCUUGGUAAAGUGAUCUCGUUACUGGCGGAGGGACAGAAGACAAUCCCGUACAGAGAAUCAGCAUUAACAAAACUUCUGAAGAAUGCCCUCGGAGGGAACAGCAAAACCGUGAUGAUUGCAGCUCUGUCUCCUGCUGAUAUCAACCAUGAUGAAACGCUCGGGACACUAAGGUAUGCUGAUCGGGCUAAGCAGAUCAAGACGAAAGCUACGGUCAAUGAAAACCCAUUAGACAAACUAAUUCGCGAGCUCAAGGCAGAGAAUGAGAAGCUGAAGGCUCAACUAGGACCUGGCGGACCAAGUCAACCAAUUUCAAGCGCUAUUGACCCUGAAGCGGAACAGCGACUACGGGCUGAGAUUGAAAAUGAGAUGAGGGAGAAGCUUCUUGCCAACCAAUAUCAACUGAGAGAGGCGAAUACUGACUUCGAGGAUCAGUUGCGCAAUGCCCGGGCAGAAAUCAGUGAUGAGGAGGAGCGGCUUCUGCAAGUGAAGAGAAAACGCCAGCUUGUUCCUCACUUUCUCAACCUGAAUGCUGAUCUACAGCUCUCCAGAGUAGUUGAACAUUUCCUGCCAGAAGGGAAGACUGUUGUCAGCCGCUUGUCCAGGAAUCGGUCACCUGCUGCUGUACAAGAUGAGAAUGAGUGGUCUGAAGAGAUUCUACUGGAAGGUAUCAGUAUACUGCACAAUCACUGCCAGCUUGAGAACAAAGAGAAUGAAGUCUGUCUAACUGCACUGGCGGCAAAUGCUGACACCAAAGUGAACGGUACACCACUCGUUGGAUGCCGAGUACUCAUGCACAAUGAUAGAGUUGUGUUUGGAACCAAUCACUACAUGGUCUUCAUCAACCCUAUGAACAUGUCGAUGUCAGCCAACUCACCAGACUUGGUAGACUGGCAGUAUGCACAGCAGGAGAUUGCAGAGCAACGUGGAUUGGUUGUGAAGUCUGGAGAACAUAUUCUAAGCAAAGAGGAGCAAGUUUUCCAUGAUCAAGUUGUGGACUUGUUACCAAUGGUGAAUGAGGUCAAUGCUAUCAGUGAAGAACUCAACAAGUACAAGACGUUUGAAAUAGUCGUCGUCCCAGUUGAAGCCACCUAUGGAAAGAAGAAGAGAGAUGCUACAACACUACCUGUUGUGAUGAUGCGCGAUCUACUGAACGGAAACUGCUGGUUGUGGCAGUACGGAACAUUUCUCAACCGCCGCUAUAUGAUACAGGAGCUUUAUCAACGUUGGGUCGAUGGCGAAGUCAUGGAUGCGCAGACCAUCCCGCAAGAAGAUGAUCCAUUCUGGGAGCCACCUGAGCCAAUUCUUGUUGGAACUGCAUGUGUUUACUUGCAAAGUUUAGCAUACGGAAUGGAUUUCCAGGAUAAACUGGCACUCAGCGACUACCAUAAUGUGGAGCAAGGCAGCAUAGCCGUGGCAGUGGAGCCAUGCAAUGCCGACUCAAGUGCACUGGAUGAUGAUUUCUUUGUAGAAGAUCCUGAUCAACUAAUGGGAAAACCAUUUCAUUUCAAAGUGUGCGUUGAUCAAGUGUCGGUGACCAAACAACGGUUCUCUCUGGGUCUCCACGUGGAGUAUCGCGUAUACGGAGAGGACACUAGCAUUACCACACACACUGUGCAUGAUACGCUUGACGCAAAGUUUGAUCAUUCUCACCAGGUGUCAUUAGAUGUACUGGACAAGGAGCAUCUGCAUUACUUUGAUGAUGGUUGUAUCAUGUUCCACGUCUAUGCUCACCAAAGCAAUCUGCCGCCCGAUCUUGGAAAGUCGCUGAUGACAACGACGGAGCUGCGCAAGGCAGAACGGAUGCAAAUGCAGUAUGGAUCUAGCUCUAAUGAAGCUAGGCCAUUCACCGCAGUCACGCAUCGCUCACAAGAAUAUCUUCAACAGAUGAGAUCGGAACUUGUCGUCUUGAGAUCGCGUGUCAACCUACUCUCUAGAAAGGAGAAGAGGAUACAGACAUUGGUUGAACAGUGGGCAAUGAAGCCCAAAACAGAGCAGUCCUUUCGACCGUUUCACCGAGCUGUCAAUGCUGCUGUUUUCAGCACAGGCUCCAGACUACGGACAAUUGCGAAGACGGUUGGAGCUACCCUGCAAGUGCAAAAAUUUACCUCCGAGAAGAGCAGAGGAUCUGUUUCAGACAUAUCAGACCACGAGCGGGAAGAGAGCGGUACAGCUGCUGCAGUUGCUUCUACAAGUGAAUCACCUCUAUCAGCCGAUGCUUCUGCUGGUAGUGAUGUUGCUGGAUUUAGUCCUACAAGAUCAGCAAGUACAAGUCGUAUGACCGCCGCUGAUGUCCAGAAUAUUGACAAGGGAGCAACACAACAGCAGCAAGCAGCAUCACCUCCACCUCGCAAAGUACAGAGCAGUCAAGUUUGUGUUUUGCAGUAGAGUUUACUCCUUUCAAAAGACUUUGCUGUGUCUGUAUCACAUCUGAUCGCGGGCAUAUAUGCGUGGUAUGUGUAUGUGUGUGUUUGUGUAGGGUAUCUGUGUGUGUAUGGUAUGUGUGUGUGUGUGUUUGUGUGUGUGUGUGUGCGUGCGCGCGCGUGUGCGUGCACACGCGAGUAUGCGUGUAUGGGGGUAUACAUGCAUAUACUCGUAAAUGUGAAUGUGCCUGUGUGCAUGCAUGUAUUUCCAGGUUGGGUUCAGGAAUGAGCUUCACUUGGAAUAUAGGUAGGUUAUGCUGUUUUCUGUUGCAGUGCAAUGAAAAACUCAUGACUUUGCCCCCCCUCCCCCCCCCCCCCCCCCUCUCACCAACUGGUGUUUUGGUGUUUUUCUUCGACAACAUUUUAUCCUUACAUGCUUUUUCAUUGCUUCCAUGGAUUUGACCUGAUUUCUCCAUGCUGAGGCACAAAAUGAUGAAGUGAAAAUCAUGAAAACAGUACUGUCUGCCGAUUUUACAUUGAGAUUUUAUAAUUACUUCAUUAUUAUCCAGAUCAUGCUAAGCAUUUCUUCAAACUUUCAUACCAUGACUGGAGCAUCUUUACAGUUGAAAAUACUUCAAUUACAGAC